AUGUGGCAAGCGUCCCCAUCUGCUACCCCUACCAAGGUGCUUCCAGGCUCUCUCUUCCCCGCUGCUGUUGUGGAGCACAUUUACCCUGGGCUGGGCGUGCUGCUGCGACUGGCGGGAGGGGAGAAGGAGAAGGAGAAGGGGGACGAGCAGGGGAAGCAGGGGAAGAAGCAGGGGGGGGGGAAGGAGAGGAAGAAGCAGUUGGGCAAGGCCGCGUAUGCCCUUGUUCCUCUGCGCCAGCUCUCUGCAUCCGGUGCACCCGCCAUCCCAGCGCAUGUGGCGGAGGGCAAGCAAGUGUGUGCGCGCGUGCUGCACCUCUGCCCCUCUGACGGGCUCGCCAUCGCGUCCCUCAAGGGCAUGGCCGUGAAAGCAACACUCUCCCCGGCAGGCGUGCAGGCGGGCAGGCUGGUAACAGGCACGGUGGUUGCGGUGGGGGAGGAGGGCGUGCGAGUGCAGCUGGCGUUUGAGCAGUGGGGGUGGUGCCCUCGCGCGCACAUGAGCGAGGGCAGGGGCACGCACCGGGACGACGCCGGCUUUAAGCCAGGGGCGUCGCUGCAGUUCCGAGUGCUGCGCCAGGGAGAGGGCCCCGAGGGACCCGUGCUGCUCACCCACAAGAAAACACUGCUGUCUUCCAAACUGCCUAUUCUGACGAGCCCGUCGCAAGCGACGGCGGGCGUGUGCACGCAUGGGUGGGUGGAGGCGGUAACAAAGGACACAUGCACCGUGCACUUCUAUGGGGACUUCUCUGUUGCCAUCCACAGGUGCGUGCUGCGGGGGAAAAAGGGGGGAGAAGAGGGUGCUGCGCUGCUUUGCCCUGCCCCCUUCCAUCCCUUUCACACGUCCGAUCUCUCCCAUAUCUCUCUCCCUCACACCAGGGAGAAUGAGGAGCAGGGAGGGAGCAAGGUAACCCCCUGGGCAUCGCUGCACGUGGGGCAGGUGCUGCGCUGCUACGCCCUGCCCUCUGCUGACGCUGCCCACCCGGCCUUCUCCCUGCACUCGACCUCAACGCCCUUCAGCAACCACGGGACACUGUUCCCGCCAUCCUCUUCCCCCCACGCCACGCCUCCCCCCCGUGCACUCCCCAACGCGCUGCACGCGGUGGGGACGGUCAUUUCGGAAGCUCCUGUGGUGCGCCGGGACGCGCACUCGCUCGUGCUCGCACUGCCUGCCGCCAACGGCGUGCAGGAGGCCAUCAUGGCUGUGGAACACCUGGCAGACCAACCAGCAUGUGCAGUGGAGUUGCUAGCAUCACUGCAGCCGGGUUCAAGGCUAGGGCCACUGCUCGUGCUUUCCCUGUGGCACGGCCGCACGCCUAUCGUCACUGCCAAACCCGCGCUCCUGCAAGCCGCCGCUGCCACUGCUGCUGCUGGUGCUGGUGCUGGUGCUGCCGCUGGUGGUGGUGGUGGUGGUGAGGGCAAGGCGGCAAGGGGCAAAGCGAAGCGGCCGCAACAGGGCUCCUUCCACAUGGCGUUUGUGACAGGAGUGAGGGCAGAUGGGGCGUGCAGUGUGCAGCUGGCAGAUGGCACCACGGCCGUCUCCCUGCCCUUCUCCCCCACCCCUGCCGCCCUCGCCACUCUGGUGCCAGGCCUCCCUGCGGCACCAUUGCCUGCAGUCUUCUUCUCCCUGGGCCAGACUGUCCGGGUCAAGAUACUCAAGCCCCUGCAGGUGGCUCUCGACCCUUUCCUCUGCGCGUCACACGACGGCUCGUUUGCAUCGUCACUGCUGCAGCAGGAGCGCACAGCAGCACGGCUGGCAGAGCAGCAGGAGCAGCCGUGGAUGGGGGCGGUGGUUCCGGGCAUGGCUGUAGAAGGCACUGUGCUGGUCAAACACGAGGGCGCCAUGGGAGCGGGAGGAGGAGGAGGAGGGGGAGGGGAAAGAGGGGGAGGGAGGCAUGGAGGGGACUCGUGGACUGUGUCUCUGGUCAGUCCCGAUGUGCUCAACGGAGUGAUGGCGGUUGUCCCUGCUAACCUUGCAUCCAAACCGCUCACUCUAGGGGAGCGAGUCUCAGGGCGAGUGGUGGACGUGGGAGGAGCAGCAGGGCAUGUGGUGCUAGCGGCGGGGGACAUUGCUGCCCCGCAGGCCAAGAGUGAGAGUGCGGGCCAAGUGGUGCUGGCGAAGGGGACGAGGCUGCUGGUGCGAGUGCUGCUCAGCACUCCACACUAUGCGGUCGUUUCACUGCCCGCCUGCUACACUGUGCCGGCAACCACGGGCCAAUUGCAAGCAGCCACGUCAGCGCCCCUGCUGGCGACUCUGGCAGGGGGCGACUUCAACCUGCCCCACGUGGACGUCCUUCGGUUGUACCGCCCUGGACAGAUACUCAUGCCAUUCAUCCUUUCUACGCUGCUAUCUCCUCGCCCAUCUCCCUCCCCCUCUCCCUUCCCUCUCGUUCCCAUCUCCCACCCCCUCUCCCUUCCCUCUCGUUCCCAUCUCCCACCCCCUCUCCCUUCCCUCUCGUUCCCAUCUCCCACCCCCUCUCCCUUCCCUCUCGUUCCCAUCUCCCACCCCCUCUCCCUUCCCUCUCGUUCCCAUCUCCCACCCCCUCUCCCUUCCCUCUCGUUCCCAUCUCCCACCCCCUCUCCCUUCCCUCUCGUUCCCAUCUCCCACCCCCUCUCCCUUCCCUCUCGUUCCCAUCUCCCACCCCUCUCCCUUCCCUCUCGUUCCCAUCUCCCACCCCCUCUCCUUCCCUCUCGUUCCCAUCUCCCACCCCUCUCCCUUCCCUCUCGUUCCCAUCUCCCACCCCUCUCCCUUCCCUCUCGUUCCCAUCUCCCACCCCUCUCCCUUCCCUCUCGUUCCCAUCUCCCACCCCUCUCCCUUCCCUCUCGUUCCCAUCUCCCACCCCUCUCCCUUCCCUCUCGUUCCCAUCUCCCACCCCUCUCCCUUCCCUCUCGUUCCCAUCUCCCACCCCUCUCCCUUCCCUCUCGUUCCCAUCUCCCACCCCUCUCCCUUCCCUCUCGUUCCCAUCUCCACCCCUCUCCCUUCCCUCUCGUUCCCAUCUCCCACCCCUCUCCCUUCCCUCUCGUUCCCAUCUCCCACCCCUCUCCCUUCCCUCUCGUUCCCAUCUCCCACCCCUCUCGCUUCCCUCUCGUUCCCAUCUCCCACCCCUCUCCCGGCCGGCCUCAUUCGUCUCGCGUCCACAUCUCCAGGGCUGCAGCAGCUCUUGUGGCACUCCCUUCACCAGAGACAGGUGGUAGGAUCGUACUGGCUCGGGAUGAGCUGGUGUCUUUCACCCAUCCUUCCUCAGGCCCCACCGCUGCUGCUGCUGCUGCCGCUCCUCCUGCUGCUGCUCCUGCAGCCUCUUCUACACCCACUGACCCUACAGCUGCUGCCACUGCCGCUGCCACUGCCACUGCCACAGCCACUGCUGCUGCCCCUACGGCGUGCACUGCCACUAGUGUGUGGCAGCGCCGCUACGCGCAGCUGCGCCUGCUGGUGGCGGCGGUGAUACAGGGGGAGGUGCACCCUGCCACUGCCUCCUCUGCUGGGCUGGCUCUCGUGGAUCUUGGCGGAGGGGUUUCCGCCAUUCUGCGUGCCUCCCAGGUACCCUGCCGUUCUCUUCACCACCUGUGUUCUCUGCAUCCUCUCUGCCCCCUCUUCCCCCCACCCUUCCCCUCCUCGUCUCCCCCUCGUCCCCCCACUUCCACCCCUCCCUUCCCCCCCCCCUUCCUCCCCCCUUUCCCCCCCCCCCCCCCCUCCCUUUCCCCCCUCCUUCCCCCCUUCUUCCCCCUCUUCCUCCCCUUCCCUCCUUUUUCCACCCUUUCCCCCCCUCUUCCCCCCUUCUCCCUUGUGUGGGACAUCAUUAAAGCCCGGGUAGACAAAGUGCUGCUGAGCGCUGCAGCUGCUGCUGCCGUGCAAGGGAAGGGGCAGGGCGGUGGGCAGGGGCAGAAGCAGGGGAAGGGGAAGGAGGAGUUGAGUGAGGAGGAGCGGCGAGUGGUGGAGGAGAGAGGAAUGUGUGUGCUGAUCAAGGGAGCCAAGGUGAUGGUGCAUGGAGGGGGGGAGAGGGUAGGGGAGGCUGUGGAGAGAACGAAGGGUGGGAAGGGUGAGAGGGGGGAGAAGGGUGAGAAGGUUGAGAAGGGUAAGAAGGGGGAAAGAGGGGGUUUGGAGGGCGGGGAAGCGGAGAAGGCGAGGGGGAAGGUGCUUGAUGCAAUGAGUGACGACGAGGAGAAUGAUUCUGCAGGGGAUGAAGAGUAUGAAGAGGAUGAAGAGGAGGAAGAGGAGAUGGAGGUGGAUGAGGAGGAUGAGGAGGAUGUUAGUGAUGAAGAGAAGGAGGGGGGCAAUGGUGAUGGUGGUGAUGCUGAGGAGGAGGAUGAGGAUGAGGAGGAGGUUGCACCGCUGCCUGUGGCAGUGCGUGGUGCUGGUCUGGCAGGAAGAAAGCGGUUACCAGCAGAGGAGUCAGACGAGGAGGGAGUGGAGGAGGAGACUCUUCUCUUCCACUCAACCCCCCCACUUCCUUCCUCCCUUUUCUCUCCUGAACGGCAGGGAGCGGGCGAUACAGGAGGCGGAGCAGAGGAGGGUGAAAGGGCAGCAGGCGCCGGAGACAACCCAAGAAGUGAUCCCUCCCCCCCCCCCCCCCCCCCCCCCCCCUCCUUCCCCCCCCAAUUUCCUCUGCUCCUCCCCACCCCUCCACCCCAUCCUCUCCUGAAUGGCAGGGAGCGGGCGAUACAGGAGGCGGAGCAGAGGAGGGUGAAGGGGCAGCAGGCGCCAGAGACGGAGGCGGAGUUUGAGCAGCUGCUGCUGGCGUCCCCCAACAGCUCCUUCCUCUGGAUCAAGUUCAUGGCCUUCCUGCUCUCGCUCUCCGAGAUCGACAAGGCCAGGGCGGUGGCUGAGAGAGCGCUGAAGAGCAUCAGCUACAGGGAGGAAGGGGAGAAGCUCAACAUCUGGGUAGCGUACCUCAAUCUCGAGAACAUGCACGGCAACCCACCCAAGGAGGCAGUGUUGGCGUUGUUCCAGCGGGGCCUGGCGUACACGGACCCGAAGAAGCUGCACGUGGCGCUGCUGGGCGUGUUUGAGCGCAGCCAGCAGCACGACAUGGCGGACACGCUGCUGCACUCCAUGGCCAAGAAGUUCAGCACCUCCGCUAAGGUGUGGCUGCGCUACAUCCAGAACCAGCUCAGCCGCGGGCUGGAGGAAGGCGCGAGGAAACUUCUGGAGCGGGCGCUCACUGUGCUGCCGCAGAGAAAGCACAUCAAGGUGAUAUCCCAGGCAGCGCUGAUGGAGUAUCGCAUUGGAUCGCAGGAGAGGGGCAGGACGCUCUUUGAGAGCAUUCUCCGGAACUUCCCCAAGCGCACUGACCUCUGGAUCACUUACAUCGACCAGGAGGUGCGGAUGGGGGAUAUGGCGGCAGUGAGGCGGCUGUUUGAGCGAGUCGUAUCACUGGAUCUCCCACCCAAGAAAAUGAAGUCACUGCUGAAGAAGUAUCUGGACUUUGAGACGGCGCAUGGCACGCAGGAGCAGGUGGCGCAUGUGAAGGCGCGUGCUGUGGAGUAUGUGCAGCGCCGCAUGGGCGCAGGGGGGCAUGCUUGA